AAUGGAAGAGAAGAAAGCAGAGGCUAACUACUAUGGUGAAGCCGAUAAAUGGAAGAGAAGAAAGCAGAGGCUAACUACUAUGGUGAAGCCGAUAAAUGGAAGAGAAGAAAGCAGAGGCUAACUACUAUGGUGAAGCCGAUAAAUGGAAGAGAAGAAAGCAGAGGCUAACUACUAUGGUGAAGCCGAUAAAUGGAAGAGAAGAAAGCAGAGGCUAACUACUAUGGUGAAGCCGAUAAAUGGAAGAGAAGAAAGCAGAGGCUAACUACUAUGGUGAAGCCGAUAAAUGGAAGAGAAGAAAGCAGAGGCUAACUACUAUGGGGAAGCCGAUAAAUGGAAGAGAAGAAAGCAGAGGCUAACUACUAUGGUGAAGCCGAUAAAUGGAAGAGAAGAAAGCAGAGGCUAACUACUAUGGGGAAGCCGAUAAAUGGAAGAGAAGAAAGCAGAGGCUAACUACUAUGGUGAAGCCGAUAAAUGGAAGAGAAGAAAGCAGAGGCUAACUACUAUGGUGAAGCCGAUAAAUGGAAGAGAAGAAAGCAGAGGCUAACUACUAUGGUGAAGCCGAUAAAUGGGACAGAAGAAAGUUCGUGUCAGAGGAUGUGAAAAAUCCGCCCAAACCAAAGCCUGCUGUUCGUGCAAAAUCCGCCAGAAGUGCCCCAGCCUGGGACGAAUCCACCCCUGCCCACUGGUCCGCGAUGUCGGAAGACGACGAGUUCGUCAAAGCGGACGUUGCGGGAACUGCCAAGGAGUACAAUGACGUCAAGACGCUUUUCGAGCAGAACGGGAUGGUGGGAACAGCCAUUUCGGGAGUCAAGCGUGUCCAGAACGCCUUCCUUUGGAGCGCAUAUAACAGGAAGAAAGCGCAGCUGAAGAAACAGAACGGCGGAAAGGAUGUAGAGGAGCGCCUCCUCUUCCACGGGACACAGGAAGCUGUAGUACGGUAG